CGUAUAUAACAUGCAACAUGUUUAGAAAAAUAGCUUUAAGCAGCUAUGUUAAUAUUUUGAUGUGUGUCGUUUUCAUGUAUUGGGUUAUAAUUACUGUUGAAUUAAUUGGACUGUUAUUUUUAGUUUACCGUAUUUUACUCCAGGUGGUGAGACGUGAGCCGCUAAAAGUAUUAAAACAGAGCGUGGGGCAACGAGGCACAACCAAUCACAGCAGAAGACAGGCGGGUUUAACCAAUCACAGACAAUGAGAGGCGGAUCUAACAAUACAACCAGAAGUGUGGGGGAUGUUGACCAAUAGGAGCGGAGCUUGUGGUUUUACGCCGUUGAGGCGCAGGACUUUAAAUCUGACGAGAUUAAAUCACGGCCAGAUCUGGCUCUUUACGGUUUAUAACGACGUGUGUUGUAAUUCACACCGACUUUUAUUGGCCUUUGGGAUUUAAAACCGAUUUGUCCGCCAUCGACGAUGUCCGCCGUCCUGUUUUCCACCAUCGCCAGGGAAACCGUUCCUGAGAGGAGCGCGGAGGCGAGGCGCACGGGAACGCGCAGGAAUCUGUUCGGACCGGUGGAUCACGACAAACUCAGGCGAGAAUUGUCGUCCAAACUAAGCGAAAUAUCUGAACGAGAUCAGCUGAGAUGGAACUUCAGUUUCGGCGAAGGGCAGCCGCUGGAAGGGGCUUUAAAGUGGGAGGAAUGCCGAGCUGAGGACUGUCCGCAAUUUUACAGAGAAACGACUGCCGCAUCAAACAAGCCUUUAGUGGCCUUGAAGACGACAGAACGGAUCGCCCAAGUUGUCCUAAAAUGUGGGGGUCGUCCAGUGAAGGUUUUGAACCAAAAGAACCCGAUAAACAAGUGCAACCGAAGAAAAGCAUCCCGCAAGGCAGCCGCUCGCGACCGGACCGAGAGACUCGCAGGCACGCGCAUUACAGAUUUUUACGGGAAGAGAAAGAAAACGGACGCCGUUCGCAAGGAAAGCGGAAACUGGCAAUAAAAAAAACGCUUCUUUUGGAGAAGAAGCGGAAAAAAAAGCCACCGGUCCCUGAGUCACAGAGUGGUGGCGGGAAAAGGCCGGAAGUAAUGACUACUCAGAGUCUGACUCGCAUUAUUACGCGAUGCUGUGAUUCUGAAAUCGUAUUUAUUCACUGCGUGUGCCGUUUAAUCACACAGGAGCAGCUCAGGUUGCUCUUUACGGUGUAUAAUUUAGAAGUAACUUUAAAUUAAAGUCAGGACAAGUACGCUUAUUUAUUGCCUAAUAUAUAGAUAUAUCACCAAGUAUAUAUUUGUAAUGUAAGUUAUUUAUUUAUUGUUUUUUACUUUUUCCAUUCCAUGUGGCUAAAAAUGAAGCCAAAUCCUGAGCCAUGUCUUUCAUUGUUGUACAGAAGUUCCUUUUUAAUAAAUGUGGGUGUAUAUAUCAA